GGGCGCCGCGGGGGGUGCCUGCACACAGGGGACAGGGGAGGCCCCUUGCCAAACACUUGCGGAUCGCGACGCACCGCCCUCGACGGCCACUCCGACAGCUGCGCCGCACAGUGGACGGAUAAUGAAUCACGUCCGCCCUCCGCGGAACCGUGUGGUAAUUCCCUUGAGCGACAAGUGACACCAGAAUUUACCACAGUUACGAAUUCUACCUGACAGAAGUGAGACACAGUCCUUUAUUCUGUUAAUCGCACAUACAUAGCCGAGUUAGUGUGCCACGCUUGGAACUAAUUGUCUUCUGUAGCAGCGCACACGACUAACAUGAGCGAGGAAGAGGGUGGCGAGGAGCGGAGCGCGUGCGCGGUGUGCGGCGUGCCCGCGCAGGAGGCGUGCGCGCUGUGCGAGCAGACGUCGUACUGCGGGCCGCAGCACCAGAGGCAGCACUGGCCGCUGCACCGCGCUGCCUGCUCGCCGCUGCGAGUCGCCACGUCGCCGCAGCUCGGCAGGUACCUGGUGGCGACGCGCGACCUCAAGGCGGGGGAGCUGCUGCUGAAGGAGCAGCCGGUGGCGGUGGGCCCCCGCGCCGGGGGCGGCCGCUCGCCGCUGUGCCUGGGCUGCUGGAGGCGGCUGCCCGCGCCGCCCCCCACCUGCCCCCGGUGCUCGGCCGCGCCGCUCUGCCCCGGCGGCUCCUGCCAGCACGAUGAAUCCGAGUGCUGCGCGCUGCGGGAGGCCGGCGAGGCGGGGGCGCGGCUGCUGCGUGCGGGGGUGGAGGCGGUGCUGCCGCUGCGCUGCCUGCUGCUGGCGGCCGCCCGACCAGACAACUGGCGCCAGCUGCUGCAGCUCGAGGCGCACGCCGAGCGGCGCGGGCCCGGCACCGCCGUCUGGAGCCACAACGACGCCACCGUCGUGCAGCCGCUGAAGGAGGCGGGCCUGCUGCGCGAGAGCGAGGAGACGUGCCAGCGCGUGUGCGGCGUGCUGGACGUGAACAGCUUCGAGGUGCGCGCGCCCCACGGCGGCCACGACCAGCUGCGCGCCGUGUACGCGCGCGCCGCGCUCAUGGCGCACGACUGCGUCGCCAACACGCACCUCGCCGUCGACGACAACUUCGUUAUGACGGUGCACGCCGCGCUGCCCAUCCCCAAGGGCGCCGCUGUGUGCUUCAACUACACCAACGUCCUGCAGGGCACGGCGGAGCGGCGCGAGCACCUGCUGGAGGGCAAGUACUUCGAGUGCGGCUGCGCGCGCUGCCGAGACCCCACCGAGCUGGGCACCCACCUCAGCUCGCUGCGCUGCCCCCGCUGCCGGAAGGGACUCGUCUGCGCCCUGCAGGACCAGCCGAACGUGUGGCGCUGCUGCGACUGCGGGCGGUCGUUCUGCGGCGGCAUGGCUCGCUGCGCGCUGUGGUGCGCGCGCGACGCCGUGGAGGCGGCGCUGGAGGCGGCGGAGGCGGAGGACGAGAGCGGCGGCGCGCGCGUGCUGGAGGCCGCCGCCGCCACCGGCGCUCAGCUGCCGCGCAAGCUGCUCGCCCGCCAGGUGCAGCUGUGCCGCGGGCUGCUGCCGCUGCUCGCCGUCGUCGAGCCCGGCAUCUCCAGGCUCAGGGGCAUCGCACUGUACGAGCUGCAAGGAUCUCUGGCGGAGCUGGCUCGGCGCGAGCACGCAGCCGGGGAGUUGACCAUGCAGCAGCUGGUGGAGCGGCUGGAGGAGGCGGAGGGCGCGCUCAAGGACGCGCUGGCGGCGCUGCUGUUUGAGCCCGCCCUCUCCCCAGAGGGCCGGCUGGCGCGCGCCGCCAUGCUAGAGCUGCGCGACUUGCGCGAAGAGAUCCACGACCUGAGGAGGGAGGCGCAGCCGCAACCGAAACACCCGCAGCGCAAGGACAGGCGCCGCCACAAGUAGCUGCCGCUCAAUGGGCAGCAUCUGGCUGCGUACCGCCUCCAUACUGAUAAGUUUUUGCGGGGAGACUUUGUUGCUUAAAUUAGGUGAAUGCCAACCCCACUAGCAAACUUGCGGAUUCUUGCCAAAUUAUAAGAGUGUACCAGAGGGGAGGGCUCAGUUCUCUAUAUUAGUCUUUCAUUACAAAGAUCAUGAUGAAGUUGUAACUGUCAGAAAGUUUCAUUAAAAUGCACACUCUGUUGAAAAGUGGAGCUGUCACUUGUACGAAGCUCUCAGAGCGUGGCAAAGCCAUUAUUUUCAGAUAAACCUCCUUUAGGAGAAUUUUAAGAGGUAACUGAAAGAGCAGUGCAGAGAUACUUGCAGAUUAGAGCCUCUAGAUGGGCUUAGCAUAUUUCGAUUGUUCAUAUGUCCCCCAAAAGGCCAAGGUACCAGAUCGAAUCUCCAACUGGAACUCGGUUUUAUUCCACAGUAAAAUUUCAUUCCAGCGAAUACUCCACUUCAGAGUGGAAAAUUCGUUAUGAACUUGUAACAUGUAGUCUCAAUGGUGGCGUUGACACAGUGCACCAUACUCCUCAAGGCACUAAUUAUACUGAAGAUUCAACUUGAUCUGCAACUGCCAACAGCUGCCCACAACUCAUGCAGACUGGUCAGAGCUGAGUCCAACAGGGUCACAUAUCGCUUGAUGGAGCCAGUAUUGUGCUCAACAAGAUUCAGCUUAGAUGAUCCGAGGGCACCACACAAACACCCUCAUGGCUGUGGAGUGUUUCUGAAACCCUUAUGAUACAGUUUGGGAAUGAAGAGAAGAUCCAUUAUCUUGCUGAAGAUAAUAUCUCAGGCCAGGUUAAGAAUAUAAAGAAAAAGAUGCAUCUAACCUGACAGUAUGGUAUGCUGACGAGAGGCUGGCAAACAUUGAAUGUGGCCCAUAAAAUAGCUGACCUCUGUUAUCAAGAAAUUGAUUUCUAAGGUAGUUUACUCUAGUGGCCACAGUUUUCCUUCAUUCAAGCAUCACAAGAUACAUUUUUGACAAAGUAAUGGGCGAAAAGACAGUGCUUGCAUAACUUUGUAGAUGGAAUAUUCCAGGCCAUUUGCGUUUAGCGUUAAAUGAGUGUGAUUUAUUGAUAGAGGCAGGGAAUGGAGGAUGACAGUGAAAAUUUGUGUAUUUGAUGAUGACUGAAAUAGGCUGCUCCUUCCCCUUUUACUUCUGAUGCCUUUUCUGUGGGGAAGAUCAUAAUCGUCAGAAUGCAGUACACAUGUUUACUAUACAAACAAUUCGACAUUUACUGCAAAGAUGUUAUGAACAGAAGAAAUUGUGGACGAUUAGGGUUCAACUAUAGCAGAGCUAUUAGAGUAUGGGGAUGAAGAUCUCCAUCGUUCUUCUUAGCCGGCCGGUGUGGCCGAGCGGCUCUAGGCGCUACAGUCUGGAACCGCGCGACAGCUAUGGUCGCAGGUUCGAAUCCUGCCUCGGGCAUGGAUGUGUGUGAUGUCAUUAGGUUAGUUAGGUUUAAGUAGUUCUAAGUUCUAGAGGACUGAUCACCUCAGAUGUUAAGUCCCAUAGUGCUCAGAGCCAUUUUGAACCGUUCUUUUUAAGUAAACAAACUGGUCAGUUGCCCUGGCUUUCUUAUGUAGACAAACUGCUCACUUGAGCCCUAGUUUUGUUUAUUUCGGUCUUACUUAAUGGACAAUAACUGUCUUUAUAAUUACUGUCAUAACUAUCAUUACAAUUGUCAUAGUUUGUAGCCAAGAUGGCAGUUGAGUAGCGUACUUGUGCUCAUGCUUACCCAGGUGUCUGUAUGCUUCUAGCCAAAAGUUUUAACUCUCAUCAUAAAGAUGGUAAUGCAUGAUUUAAAAAAUGGCAUCUCCCUUCCUCCACUUAUGCAGUGUGCUCCUAUUGGUCCAGCACCCAUCGUGCCGUCCUUAGUGUCCCCAGAAUCAUGAGAGGGGGGCUAGGCAUUCUUGGUCUGUACAUUGCUCAAGCAACAGCAACACCAUGAAGCUUCAGAGAUCAUCCUCCAUCUCCAAGGAGAAUAAGUGGAAGAAAACUGUUUCAUUCAAAUGUAAUUAUUAAUUCUUCAUCUCUCUCUCUCUCUCUCUCUCUCUCUCUCUCUCUCUCUCUCUCUCUCUCUCAUUAUUACAUUAUUAUUAUUGUUAUUAUUAUUUGUCAAUUGGUAAUAUUAUAGUAAUUUUUAUAUUUUCUGUGUUGGAGUAGACUCCCAAUGAUAAUACAUUCAACAAGCCCAGCUUAUGGCAGUCAUUCGAUUUUCCACAGCACUUACCAGAUUUGUUGACCUUCAGGCUUCCACCACCUGUUUCGUUCAACUUUGAGGCUCCAGCGCAGCAGCUGUAACAGCAGCAGUGGUCUGCAAGCGACACAUUUCAGGGCGAUAUAAGAGAACAUCUUCUCUGACCAUGUGUUAAUUAGCAACAUCAUUGAUGUAGACAUCACCACCUGUGCAGUUACAAUGGCACACCUCAUAUAUUAAAGUGUUUCUACUCGCAGUUAUGUUUAGUCUAAAUGUGAGUGGUAGUAUACGUGUAGCUGCGCACGUCCUCUGUCAUGAGUUCAGUACUCUAACAGUGUUCCAAAAUCCUCAAUUUAGUGGUUAGAAUGUUAGGCCUUCAUCAAAUAAGUAGUGGUAAUUUGUGAGAAUUUCUCACAGGCAGCUUCUCUGUUCAAUAAUCAAACUGCAUUCCCUGUCUUAUUGGGCUGUCACACAGUGUUUGUCAGUGACUAUCAAAAAGCAAUUAAAAUUUAAGAUGAUGAGGAUAGGUUAGAGUACACCCAUUUACAGCAGGUAACAUUCAGAAACUCGGUGUGUGCUGGUUCUGCCAUCCAGUGUUCAAUGAAUGAUCGUGUCUGGUGGUGAGAUUAUGUGUACAAAUUUUUUUUAGCAAUGUUUGAUAUGCACUUUCAAAGCAGACUAAUGAGAACACUUCUAGGAUAUGCUCACAAAAAACUUUGAUACGUGUUGUGAUGCUGUAUGCAGCAUAUAUGGUGCAUCACUGCUACCUAACGUGGGCAAAGAAUGUGUCAAUGCUUACUUAUCUUCACUUUCUCCACAAAGUUAUCUGAAAUGAAAAGAGAAAAUAAUUGACCUGUACUUUAUUUCAAGUAAAUAUGCAGUGCCUUUGUAUCUCAACCAAUAGCUUACUUGCACUAAGACAAAUAAAUGGGUGCCUCAAUUACCAACUGACUCUAAGCUCCAUAACAGCUAUGCACUUUUAUGAGCAUUUUGACUGCCCAGUAAAUAGGAUACAUUUUUGUAGAUAAAAAGAUCGAGAGAAAAUUACAUAUAUUUGAUGAUUUCUACUUUAUUCGAUAGAUAUACAGCAAUUCUUUUGUAAAGAGAUACAUAACAUCGACUAUAAAUUACUAAGAUA